UCACUUCAUUGGGUCUCAAAGGAAGACAAAAUGAAUGUUAUGGUAGUGCAGAAUAUGUCCUUUAAGACAGGACAGACUCUGACUGUUACAGGAGUCCCCAGUGCUGAUUCCACAAAUUUUGCCAUUAACAUCGGUCACAGUGCUGAGGACAUUGCUCUACACAUGAACCCUCGUUUUGACGCCCAUGGUGACCAGCGCACUAUAGUGUGCAAUUCAUUCCAGGACAGCAAAUGGUGUGAGGAGCACAGAGAGGCCAACUUUCCAUUUAACCAGAACGAGGAGUUCCAGAUAAAAAUCACUUUCACCAGUGAGGAGUUCCUGAUGACUCUUUCUGAUGAUUCUCAGAUUCGCUUCCCUAACCGUCAAGGUGCUGAGAAGUACAAAUAUAUGUUCUUUGAAGGAGAGGGCAGGAUCCAUGGGAUCGAAAUUAAGUAGACUUUUCAACACUUAAAUAAGGCUUCUGUCACUCUGUUAUCUCACAAUUUUCACUUACUCAGUAUGGAGUAUCUCAAUCACACUAUUAUCACUUGUAUGUCAAAUCAGCCUUAUAAAUGUGAUGUGGCACUGCCUAUGUAAACCACUAGAGGGACCGCAACUACAAUAAAUUGCCAUGAACUUCA